CGAUGUGAGAUGCGGCUCAAGCACAGGCAAGCAGGUGGCGUGGCACGACCAUGGAAGGUACUGCAACAACAACAACAACAACAGCAACAACAACAACAACAACAACAACAACAACAACAACAACAACAGCAGCAGCAGCAGCAACAACAACAACAACAACAACAACAACAACAACAACAACAACAACAACAACAACAACAACAGCAGCAGCAGCAGCAGCAGCAGCAUUUUCACGGAGAUCAAAAGACAGCGGAGUUCGCCGGCGCAUCCGCCCCUUUCAACAUCAAUCGUCUCAUUGAGGACUUCUACCAGCGGCGGCAGCAGUACCAACAGCAGCAAUAG